CCCCGGUAAGCCCAGGCCUCGGCCAAGAGAGGAAAUAUGGGGAAGGAAAAGACCCACAUCAAUAUUGUGGUCAUUGGACAUGUAGACUCUGGCAAGUCCACCACCACCGGCCAUCUCAUCUACAAAUGUGGGGGCAUCGACAAGCGGACCAUCGAGAAAUUCGAGAAGGAAGCCGCAGAGAUGGGAAAGGGCUCCUUCAAGUACGCUUGGGUGCUGGACAAACUGAAAGCUGAACGCGAGCGAGGCAUCACCAUUGACAUUUCCCUGUGGAAGUUUGAGACCACCAAGUAUUACAUCACCAUCAUCGACGCUCCAGGCCAUCGAGAUUUCAUCAAGAACAUGAUCACGGGGACUUCACAGGCUGACUGUGCCGUCCUGAUUGUAGCUGCCGGGGUAGGGGAAUUCGAAGCGGGCAUCUCCAAAAACGGGCAGACCCGCGAACACGCCUUGCUGGCCUACACGUUGGGUGUCAAGCAGCUGAUCGUCGGCAUCAACAAGAUGGACUCCACGGAGCCUCCGUACAGCGAGAAGCGCUACGAUGAGAUUGUCAAGGAAGUGAGCGCCUACAUCAAGAAGAUCGGCUACAACCCGUCCACCGUCCCCUUCGUCCCCAUCUCGGGCUGGCACGGCGAUAAUAUGCUGGAACCGUCUCCCAACAUGCCGUGGUUCAAAGGAUGGAAAGUGGAGCGCAAGGAAGGCAACGCCAGCGGGGUCUCCCUUCUGGAGGCCCUGGAUACAAUCCUGCCCCCCACUCGCCCUACAGAUAAACCUCUGCGCCUGCCUCUUCAAGACGUCUACAAAAUUGGAGGUAUUGGGACUGUCCCCGUGGGCCGUGUGGAGACCGGGAUCCUGAGGCCUGGCAUGGUGGUCACCUUUGCCCCCGUGAACAUUACCACCGAGGUGAAGUCGGUUGAGAUGCACCACGAGGCCUUGAGUGAAGCUAUGCCAGGGGACAACGUGGGCUUCAACGUCAAGAACGUGUCCGUGAAGGACAUCCGCCGGGGCAACGUCUGCGGGGACAGCAAAUCUGAUCCGCCUCAGGAAGCAGCCCAGUUCACUUCUCAGGUGAGCAGAGGGCCAGAGGGCGGCCAUUUUGAAGAGCUGUGUCAUCGGAUCCUAACUGUCGGGACCAAGCCAAUCAGAGCCAUUUCUGGAUAG